GUGGAAUUUUGCGCGGGAUGGAGCCCCCUCGCGUGCGGGUUGGCCCGGGGAGGGGUGUCACCCGCAGGCCCGGGACCCGCGCUUGCGGCCUGUGUGGCGCGCGCCCCGGCGGGGUCAGCAGCCGAACGAUGGCCAGGCAAAGUUCUCAGAAAAGUUUGGGCGGGCGGCAUGGCAGAGCCCAGAGCCCUGAGGUAGGGGCUUGCGGUUGUGAGAAGAGAUCUGUGUCCUGGAGCAGGUAGGAGAGCGGCCGGGGCCUGGGUGGGCCACGCCGGCGCCGCUCCCAGUGCCCACACCGGCGGAGGAAGUGACCUCCGGGAACCGGACCCUGCAGUUCUUAAGUCCCCUCAGACCAGUCAGAGGAGGAGAAUCAGACUGCAGGCCGGCUCCGAGAAAGUCCUGAUGAACAGUGAGCUUGCAAGGACCCAGCCCUGAGUCCUGGCCCUUUGGGGAGACAUACAGUGUUUGUAGUGAUCCAGAGAACAAGUCACUAGGACAGCUGACCUUUCUUUUGUGUUCGAGACAGGGUCUUACUGUGUAGACCUGACUGGCCUGGAAUUCACAGAGAUUCCCCUGCCUCUGCCUCCUGAGCACCCUGCCCCCCACACCUCCAUCAGUGUGCUGAUGUUUUUAUGACUUGUCUUUACUAUUUAAAGAUAAAUGAAGGUAAGAUCGAAAAGGCAAGCAAAAUGCCAGCGAACCCCAUUACACAGUGACCACCUCCCCAGUGCCGAGCAAAGCAGAGAGGAGGAUAAUUUUUUCUGUGUUCAGGUCCAGCUGAUUGCCUACCGGAUUUGGGUCAGGUCCUUCACGCGGUUAAGUCCCAGCUUCAAGCCUGUUAAGGACAACGAAAAUUGUUCCUAUCAAGUUAGGUGCAUUGGAGGGCUCGCCGGGAUACGGCUAUGACACCCAUAGCUGCACCCGGUGUCUUCUGGGAAGGCUCCUGUCAAAAAAAACCAAACAACAACAACAACAACAACAACAACAAAACCAAAUGUGUAACCCGCAAAAAUAGUGCCUGGGUAACCCUUGUCGAUUUGUGGACAUUUCAAGGCUUCUGUAUUACUCUGCACAAUAUACUUAAAAUGUAAUUUGUUGGAACAAAAAGCAUUUUACAAAACUUCCAGGAAUAUAUUGUGCUUGGCAAGGCGCAUGCUAUGCGGAUGAACUGUGUUCUUGGCUUAGUUGGGUCUCAUUUUGAAGGCUGUUAAUAUUGGUGGUUUGCUGGUGUUUUGCUGACUUCUGUGGCAGCUGAGCACCCUAAGAAGGUCUUAGCCCAUUUCAGAGCUGUCCACAAAGAAACAGAGUUUUUUAAAAAGGCGAGACUGAUGAGUUAAAUACAGUAUAAAUACAGAAUAUAUAUACAAGAAGAGCCACCCAACUCUUUUAUUCCUUCUGAGGAAUUCCUUUUUAUUUCUUUUGUAUAUAUAGGAGUCACAUUGUAGUUGAUGUCAGUGAAAGGCAUACUGUGAGUAAUUUAAUCCUAAACCAGAAAUAGAGCUUUGCUUAUUUUUCAGUUUUGUAUUUUUUUUUUUAAAACUUUUUGAGACAUGGUCUUUCUCCAUAGCUCUGGCUAUGCUGGAAUUCACAUAAUGUAGACCAGGCUGGCCUUGAAUUCACAGAUAUGCCUGCUUCUGCCUCCCAAGCGCUGGAAUCAAAGGUAUAUGCCACAAUGCCUGGACCUUAUUUUUCCAUUUUAAUACCUUAAAUUUAAAGUUCUGAUGGAUAGCAUAAAAACCUUUUCAAUAGCAAGACAUAAUUUAUGUGCACAUAAUUUAUGUAGCAGGAAUUCCUUCAAAAUUGAAAUGUUAAUUUAUAUUUUUUUGUUGUUGGAGAAUGAUUAGGGGCAAGGGAAAGCAGGUUUUUUUCUUCACCAGGUAUCACUUCGGCCUUAUUUUUGCGUGGGUAUGGGCAUGCACACAGAUUUGAAGACCAGGGGUCAAACUUGACCUUAGAUAUUCUCAGGAACUGUCCCACUUUGGACCUGGGCUCCCCAUUAGGCUUAGCAGGCUGGCCAGUGAGCUCUAGGGAGCCACCUGUCUGCCUCUCUGGUGCCUCACUAGGCCAAGCUUCCUAGGUGGUUACUAAAGAAGUUCAUUCCUCCUUUAGUAAGCACUUUCCUGACUGAACUGUCUCUCCUCAGCUUUUGUUUUUCGUGAUGUUCUUUGAGUACUUGAUUUAAUUAUUACAUAUCCUGAUAGCAAUGCCAGUAGUCUGUCUGCUAUUCAAAUUACUUUUUUUUAUGUUGGAGAUAUUGCUGAUUUUCAUGUAAAUGGCUAAGUGGUCAGAUAUAAUGGCCGUAAGAGCUAGGGAUUUCCGAAGUUUAAUCUGGGAUUUGCGCAAUUACGGUUUUGGGAGUCACUUAACUGCUGAAUUUUAGUCUCCUCUUAUAUCAAACACUAACAUUUCCACAAAGGUCAAAGGAUUUAUUGAGAAUUAGUGAUUAUGAGCAAUCUUUUUGCUUUGGCCACAGCAAACAACAGGCUUAGGCAGGAAUUUGAGUACAUGGACGUGGUGUAGAAGCUGGAGGCACAUCUAGGGCAGAGCUGUGCUUAAAGCUUUGGAUCUAGCAGUUUCCAUUGGUUUACUUAUCCAUUUGAAUAGUUGUUUUCAACUUUACUUUCUAAUACCUAGUAUGCUGGCGUACUGUGUUUUAUAUAAUAUUAUACUGUACUUUUACCAAGUACAUAACCAAAUAUAUUGUAGGAAUUUAAAAUGAGACAAACCAAACACAAUGCCUCCAAACCAGUCAACUAGUCAUAAAAUCUAAAUCAAGUUACUUGAUUUAUUUAGUUUAAAAAAAUUAGUUCAUUAAUUAAUUUCAUUAUUUAUGCAGUACUGAGAAUUGAGACCAGGGUCUCAUUUAUGCGUAAGUACUCUGCCACAGAGCUGCCUCCCCUGAAUAAAGUUUAGUUUUACCAUAUCCUUUUUUAAAAAAAGAUCUAUCUUUUGUGUAUGAGUACACUGUAGCUGUCUUCAGACACACCGGAAGAGGGCAUCAGAUCUCUUUACAGAUGGUUGUGAGCCACCAUGUGGUUGCUGGGAUUUGAACUCAGGACCUCUGGAAGAGCAGUCAGUGCUCUUAACCUCUGAGUCUUCUCUCCAGCCCUCUAGCCAUGUCUUAAAAUUGAAAAACAUUCCUUCUUCUGAUACACAGAAAGUAGGAUGGCCAUUUUUGGCAAGUGGGAUUGGGAACAUGUAAUAUUCCUGUAAGAACUAUUGGGUGUUCGGAAUGGAAGCAUUAAAACCCAAUCAUUUGGGGCUGGGGAAAUGACAUCCUCUGCAAAGUGCCUGCUGUUCAAGCAUGAGGACUUGAGUUUGGAUCCCCAGCACUGGAGUAAAAGCCAGAUGUGGUGGUGUGGAUCUGUAAUGCUGGUCACAGGUAGAUUUCUGGUUCUCAAUGGCCAGACAGCUUAGCUGAAUUAAUGAUCUCCAGGUUUAGUGAGAGGCCCUGUCUCAAAAAUUAAUGUGGAUUGUGAUCAAGGAUCACAUGCAAGAUUCCACAUCACUGUGUACACCCACAUAAACUUGUAUGACCCCCAAACAAUUUGUCAAAAAGGCAAUUAGUCAUAGGCAAGUUGAACAUUGAUCUGUUUAUGCAGCAAUCAAUUCUUUGGCCCUAAUGUACUUGAUAACAUUUGAGGUGCUUACUAAGGUGAAGUUACGACCCCUGCUUUCCAAGAGUCUCCCCCAGAUGUAGAAAAUAUGUAAAUGAUGGACAGAUUUAUAGUAAAUGUAGUGACACAAAUGUAUGCCUUUUACAGUAGAAGAGAGCAACAGCGUGCUGAGGUAAGUAGGACUAGUACACUCAGCAAUGACAUGGGAGCUGCAUUUAUCUGACGCAGGUCUGUAAAGACCCUCGCAUCAGGAGCAGAACCAGAUAGGAGUAUGGAAAUGGGAAGUGAAGAAGAAAAAUGGGAGAAGCUAGAUGCAGAAUUUGAUCACUUCGUGGUAGAUAUGAAACCCUUUGUUCUAAAAUUACCCCACAGGUCAGAACGGCAGAGGUGUGCUCUUUGGAUCAGAAAGCUGUGUGAGCCCUCAGGAACAGGAGCAGGACUCAUGGGCAGGAAGAAUCGAAACCUGUAUGCAAAGCUGCUACUGCAUAUGCUUAGGCGAGGGGUCCUUGAAGGCCCUUUCACACACCGCCCUGAGCCAGGGACACUGAAAGUCUUACCAUCAUACAUGUCCAUCUAUUUUGAUGAGCCAAAUUCAGCACAAUCAAAAGAUUCAAGCCCGGAGAAGCUGCCUGACUGGGUGAUGGGUGAGCUGGAGCCGGGCGAGCGGAGAUUGAGUGACUCAUGGCAGCUUUCUUGUGGAGAAGAGAACGCACUGCUGCUGUCGGCAAGUGACGCCCACAGAGAACAGUACACUGGAAAGCUCCGAAUGAGGUCCCAUUCUGUGAGUCCAACUGAUAGAGAAGACAGACAACACAUUACUUCAAAGAUCUGUUGUAUGAAUGAGAAUGAAUUUAAGAACAAAGAGCUUCUUGGACAUCAACACAAAACUUUCCUGUUAACUAAUUUUAAGGAAAUUCAUCCAAAAAAGUCUCCUAUUUCUUUGGAUGACAGUGACAUUGAAGUUCGCUUGAACAGUUGGAAUCUUGGGAUUGAAAAUCCCCGGUACCUGAGACAGAAGCCUCUUCCAGUUUCUCUGAUGACUCCAAAGGUCAGCCUGAGGAACUCUAGCAAUCUACAUGAUGAUCAUUUUCUCUCUCGAAUGCACGAGAAAGAGUUGGACAUGAAGACAAAAAUGAUGGAAGCGAAGUUCUCUGAAGAGAAACUUAAGCUGCAGAAGAAGCAUGAUGCCGAGGUGCAGAAGAUUUUAGAAAGAAAGAAUAAUGAAUUAGAAGAGUUGAAAAUCUUAUACAAAAAGAAACAAACUGAAACCGAGGAGACUGUGCGAAAGCUUGAGAAGAAAGUUCAGAUCCUUAUACGUGACUGUCAAGUUAUCAGAGAAACUAAAGAGAAUCAGAUAACCGAGCUGAAGAAGAUAUGUGAGCAGAGCACAGAAUCUCUGAAUAAUGACUGGGAAAAAAAGCUUCACAGUGCUGUAGCGGAAAUGGAAAAGGAAAAAUUUGAGCUUCAAAAGCACCACACGGAGACUAUUCAGGAAUUGCUGGAGGACACAAAUGUGCGCCUGAGUAAAAUGGAGGGGGACUACAUGGUGCAGACGCAGUCCACAAACCACAUGAUCAAAGACCUGGAGGGCCGUGUGCAGCAGCUGAUGGGAGAAGCCGAGAACAGCAAUCUACAGAGGCAGAAACUGACCCAAGAAAAAUUGGAGCUGGAAAGAUGCUACCAGAUAACAUGUAGUGAAUUACAGGAGUUAAAGACAAGGCAAAACUUACUACAUACAGAGAAAGAACAUCUUGUAAAUGACUAUGAGCAAAAUGUGAAGUUACUAAAAACCAAAUACGAUUCUGACAUUAACAUCCUGCGACAAGAGCAUGCACUUUCCACUUCUAAGACAUCUGUUGUGAUUGAAGAGCUAGAACAGAACAUCCGUCAAUUAAAACAGCAGGUCCAGGAAUCGGAGCUUCAGAGGAAACAGCAAGUAAAAGAUCAAGAAGAUAAAUUUCACAUGGAGAAAAACCACUUAAAAUACAUCUACGAGGAAAAGGUUCAUGAAUUGAAGAGUGAACUUGAUAAAGAGAAAGAAGAUGCUCAGAGGAAGAUCCAUAAAUUUGAGGAAGCUUUGAAGGAGAAGGAGGAGCAGCUCGGCCGAGUGACUGAGGUUCAGAGGUUGCAAGCCCAGCAGGCAGACGCUGCCCUGGAGGAGUUUAAGCGGCAGGUGGAGGUGACCUCCGAGAAGGUCUACAGUGACAUGAAAGAGCAGAUGGAAAAGGUGGAAGCAGACCUAAGCAGGUCCAAGUCUCUGCGUGAGAAGCAGUCCAAGGAGUUUCUGUGGCAGCUGGAGGACGCCAGGCAGAGAUACGAGCAGCAGAUAGUAGAGCUGAAGCUGGAGCAUGAACAGGAGAAGACGCACCUAUUACAGCAGCAUAACGCAGAGAAGGAUAGCCUAGUCCGAGACCAUGAACGGGAAGUUGAAAACCUGGAGAAUCAGCUUCGCGCUGCCAAUAUGGAGCACGAAAAUCAAAUUCAAGAGUCCAAGAAACGAGACGCACAGGUUAUUGCUGACAUGGAGGCCCAAGUUCACAAGUUGAGGGAAGAGUUGAUCAAUGUGAACUCCCACCGGAAACAGCAGUUGGUAGAACUUGGUCUUCUUCGGGAAGAAGAAAAGCAGAGGGCUGCAAGGGACCACGAGACUGCUGUCAAGAAGCUAAAGGCUGAGUCAGAGAGGGUGAAAAUGGAGCUGAAAAAGACGCAUGCCGCUGAGACUGAGAUGACUCUGGAGAAGGCCAACAGCAGGCUGAAGCAGAUCGAGAAAGAAUACACUCAGAAGCUUGCCAAAUCUUCCCAGAUCAUAGCAGAACUUCAGACAACCAUUUCCUCUCUGAAAGAGGAGAGCAGUCGGCAGCAGCUUGCUGCAGAAAGGCGGCUCCAGGAUGUUAUACAAAAGUUUGAAGAUGAGAAGCAGCAGCUGAUUAGAGAUAAUGACCAAGCAAUCAAGGCUUUACAAGAUGAGCUAGAAACCCGCUCUAAUCAGGUGCGAAGUGCAGAGAAAAAGUUACAGCACAAAGAACUGGAGGCACAGGAACAGAUGAUGUACAUCCGACAAGAAUAUGAAACAAAGUUCAAAGGCUUGAUGCCGGCAUCUCUAAGGCAGGAGCUCGAGGACACCAUAUCCUCCCUGAAGUCGCAGGUCAACUUUCUGCAAAAGAGGGCAUCUAUCCUUCAAGAAGAACUGACCACCUACCAGAGCAGAAGGUAACUGAGUGGUACAGGGUGAUAUAUGAAAGUCAUCGGGGCUGCACUGAGGACGUCAUCCAGCAGGUUUGAAGAUUUGGAUAUUGUAAACUGUGAGAUCAGUGGCUUUUUUUUAAUGCUUAAGUAUAAUUAAGAUCAUAAAAACAUGCAUCAUCCAGA